AUGAAGCAAAGGUUUUCCUCCCUUGACGUCAAGGCCAUCGCCCAUGAACUUUCGGCUAGCCUCGUCUCUUUGCGCGUAUCCAACAUCUAUGACCUGUCGUCUAAGAUCCUCCUUUUGAAGUUUGCCAAGCCUGGCGUCAAAAAGCAGCUCCUGGUAGACUCUGGGUUCCGAUGCCAUUUGACCGAAUUCUCACGCACGACCGCUGCCUCACCCUCCGUUUUCGUACAGAAGUUGCGGAAGGUCUUGAAAACCCGACGUCUCACCGCUGUUUCGCAGAUAGGAACCGACCGAAUAAUAGAGUUUCAAUUCAGCGACGGGCUAUAUAGGAUAUACCUCGAGUUUUUCGCCGGUGGAAACGUUAUCCUAACUGACAACGAACUGAAGAUCCUAACUCUUCUGCGCAAUGUAUCCGAAGGCGAAGGACAAGAGCCACAGCGUGCGGGUUUGACAUACUCGCUGGAGAAUAGGCAGAACUAUGGUGGCAUCCCGCCGCUUACCAAGGACCGUCUCCGAGCAUCCCUACAGACGAUAAUCGAGAGAAAUGCAGCUUCAGCUAAAACUGCGAAAAAGAUCAAAAAGAAGCCCGGUGAUGAGCUAAGGAAAGGCCUGGCCGUCACAAUAAAUGAGCUACCUCCGGUACUGUUGGAUCAUGCGAUGAAGGUAACCGGAUUUGACUCUACUGUACAACCUGCAGCCGUUGUCGACAGCGAGCAGUUAUUAGACCAGCUCCUCCUGUCUCUUCAGACCGGCCGGGAUCUUGUGCAGGAUAUCAUCAGCUCAGACACAUGCAAGGGUUAUAUAUUUGCGAAAAAGCGACCAGGGGCCGAGGAUCUUCUAGACGGUUCAACACAAGACGAACAACAACCACCGAGAAAGGGAUUAUUGUACGAAGAUUUUCACCCCUUCUUACCCCGCCAGUUCGAAGAAGACCCUGCAUAUUCUGUCCUCGAAUUUGAUAGCUUUGGUAACACGGUAGAUGAAUUCUUUUCAUCAAUCGAAGGGCAAAAGCUCGAAUCACGUUUGACUGAACGGGAGGCAGCCGCCAGGCGAAAGUUAGAGGCUGCUAAAGCCGACCAGGAAAAGAGGAUCGAGGGUCUACAAGCAGUCCAGACUUUGAAUGUUCGCAAAGCAAGUGCCAUAGAAGCCAAUGUCGAAAGAGUUCAAGAGGCCAUGGAUGCUGUGAAUGGAUUGGUAUUCCAGGGUAUGGACUGGGAAGACAUUGGAAAACUGAUCGAGAGGGAAAGGCGACUGAACAAUCCUGUGGCGUCUAUUAUAAAGCUCCCUCUCAAGCUUCAUGAGAACACUAUUACAGUUUUGCUUGGUGAAGCUGAGGAAGACGAAGAUGAUUCGGAUGAAGCGGACGAAUCGGACGCUUCCGAUGAUUCGGAUAGCGGUUUGGGGGGCAGCGUCAAUUCAAACUUGAAGGGUCAAGAUAAGCGACUGGUCGUGGAUAUCAACCUGGGGAUAAGUCCAUACGGCAAUGCUCGAGAGUAUUACGGUGAAAGGAAAGUAGCUGCGGUUAAGGAGGAGAAAACUAAACAGCAGUCUGAGAUGGCUCUCAAAAGUGCUAGCCAGAAAAUCGAAGCCGAGUUACGAAAGGGGCUUAAACAAGAAAAGCCAGUUCUCCAGCCCAUCCGCCGACAGAUGUGGUUCGAAAAAUUCAUCUGGUUCUUGUCUACAGACGGUUAUCUUGUGCUCGGUGGUAAGGAUGCUCAACAAAACGAGAUGCUUUAUAGGCGAUACCUGAAGAAGGGGGAUAUCUACGUGCAUGCCGAUCUUCAUGGUGCAGCAAGUGUUAUCAUCAAGAAUAAUCCGAGUACACCUGACGCUCCUAUACCCCCGUCGACACUAUCUCAAGCUGGGUCUGUUUCAGUUUGUUCAUCUUCUGCUUGGGAUUCAAAAGCUUCGAUGUCGGCAUGGUGGGUUACGGCAGACCAAGUAUCGAAAUCCGCGCCAACAGGUGAAUUUUUACCUACAGGAUCCUUCAUGGUCCGAGGAAAGAAGAACUUCUUACCUGCCAGUCAACUCGUGAUGGGAUUUGCCUUAAUGUUCAAGGUCAGCGAGGAGAGUAAGCCGAAACAUGUCAAGCAUCGUCUCUACGAUACACCAGUGCAGCCUGAGGGUCCAUCGGAAGCUCCGGCAGCAAUUACUGACACUCAGCACUCCGGCGACGUGCCUGCUCAAGGAGAUGGGAUACAUGAGGAUAACGAUUCCGAAGAAAGCGCGGCCGAAGAUGAGGACUUCAAGCCAAGAGCAAACCCUCUCCAGUCAUUGGGCGGCAACGAAGAGGAUGGCGGGCAUCUGGACACUAUAGACGAGGCAGAACCAUCAGAGCAGCUUAGCGGCUUGGCUAUCUCGGACGAAGCCCCGGCUUCUAAGCCAUCUGAGCUCAAUCGGGAUUUAGAACAAGAUGAGCAACCUACGGAAAACAGUGAUGCCAUCACAGAACCAGAUACGCCAGCGACAAGCAGUGCUGUUCAGGAUCGUUCGUUUAAUGCUGGCCAAUCUACUCAACCUAGACAAAAGCAGCGACAGCCAAAGCGAGGCCAACGUGGUAAGGCGAAAAAGAUUGCGGCCAAGUAUAGAGACCAGGAUGAGGAAGAUCGCGCUGCCAUAGAAGAACUCAUUGGAUCGACUACUGGACAACGGCGAGCAGAGGCCGAGGCGAAAGCUAAAGCAGAACGAGAAGCUGCUUCAGAAGCUGCUCGGCAACGCCGUCGUGCCCAGCACCAGCGAGAGCAACGAGAGAUGGCAGAGCACGAAGAAGUGCGCAAGAUUAUGCUGGACGAAGGUAUUGAAACGCUCGACCCAGACGAGGUUGCGAAUCUCUCGCCACUCGACGCCCUCGUCGGUACUCCUCUCCCGGGCGAUGAGAUUCUCGAAGUCGUGGCACUCUGUGCGCCAUAUGCUGCGCUCGGUCGCUAUAAAUACAAGGUCAAACUACAACCAGGGACACAGAAGAAGGGGAAAGCCGUGAAAGAGAUAUUAGAGGGAUGGAAAGCGGCCUCGAACAAGAAGGGCGUCAUCGACGAGAGGAGCGCGGAUAAAGAACGUAUGUGGCCGCGGGAGGUUGAGCUUAUCAAGUCCAUCAAGCCUGAAGAUGUCAUUAAUACCGUGCCCCUCAAGAGCUUGAAGGUUAUGUCGAGUGGUGGCGCCAGUGGAAGUGGUAAAGGAGGUGGUGGUAAAGGAAGCAAAAAGAAAUAA